AUGCGAAAACGAAAGCGAUGGGGUGUUAUACACGAUCAACGGCAGGAUGAAGUUUGCCUCAAUGCGAACAAUCGAAAUUUGCUUAAAGGUCACGCUCUGCUUGAGCGCAAACUGGUCCGAAAAGGUCCCCUCGCUUUGCGAAAAAAUGCAAACCGUAAAGGUGGCGCUCUGGUGGGAAUUAAUCACGGCGCGCUCCGGGCGGAUCUUGAAGACAAUGGGCGGGGAGUCCUCCUUCACGCGGUUGCCGCGCACGUUAAGCCACUGCACCUCCUGACAACAUCGUCCUUUGUUGACAAGCGUAAAGGUGCGCUCGGCGGCCGUACCGGUGAAAAAAUCCCCGAAGUGGUUGUUAAGGGGAAAGUCAGGGCCCAACACGAGCGCGAAGCCUUUCCCCGUCGCCUUGACCGGAAUCGGCUUCAACACGUCGUGGUCAUGGGGAUUUUCAAUAAUCAGGUUGUCGGUCGUGAGCUUGGCGUCGUCCAAGCAGGCCACGACGGUCACCUCGAGAAUCCCAUUGGCCUGAAUCACCGCCUCUUUCGGGAAGACAUUAAACACGGCGUGUUCGUCAUGGCAGGACUUCGCAAGGUAGAGCCCAACCUGUGCAGGGAUAGGGCUGUCGUUCUUGAUGGUGAAGUGCUGUUGGGCGCUUUCCAGAAGCUUGAGCGGUUCAAACGACAACUCGCUGACGGAGGAUUUCAAAACUGGGCCGAUGCCCUCGGCCGAGAGGGCAAUGACGCUCGAGGUGCCGAGAUCCUUGCCGAGGGUGUGCAACAUCAUCCGGAAGCUCACCGGCUCGAUCUCAUUCAUGCGCACCGUGACCGCGAAACGCGCGGUGGAGUGGGCCUCAAUCACCUCGCAGUGAUUUCGGCACGCCUCGCUUUCCGCCAGGACGUUGUUGAUGGUGAGGGUGGCCGCGCCCUUCACCGCGUCGGGGUCAAGAACCAGUUUGACGUGCGCCGCCAAGGCCGAGUCGUUCUGAAUCUCGACCUCGCGGGUGUAGUCAUGGCAGACGUAGCAGCUGCCGAAGUCGAGCCGAAGAGGACGAACGCGAAGGCUCGGGGCCUUCGUGAAGGCCUUGAUCGGCAGCCUCCACAGCUCCUCCGCGACGCCGUCGAGGAAGAUCAACAACGUCGUCUCGUAGGGCCCGAGGAGAUUCGCCAUCAACGUCACCGUGAUCGUGCGAACCUCGCCCGGCGCGAGCUGCGCGUUCGCGGGAAGGGCCGCCAACUCCCCCGCCUCCAGACAGGACGGGAUCAGCUCGAGGCGGUAGGAAAACGCGACCUGGCUCGUAUUCACGAAGCGGAAGGUCCGCUCAUGGGAAAAGCCGUACGCGACGCAGCCAAAGUCGACCUCCUCCACGCUGAGUUUGUAGCUCGGGGCCACCACAAAGCCUCGUGUUUGCAGGCAGAGGUCACUCCCCUGACUGCCGUGCAGGCGGAUGGGGAUUUUCUCCGAGAUAAUCCCCAAGAACGCUGCGCGGAAGGUAAUUUCGAUCUCGUCCUCCCCCCCCGGCUCCAGAACCCCUUUGGAGGGGGAAAGACUGAAGAAGGGACCAUAAAGGGUAUCCUUGGGCGGGAGAAUCGUAUAGCGCGCCUCGAUGCAGCACUGGUUUUGGAUCUUAACCUUAUAAACACGCGUGGAGUUGACGUAAACCUCUCCCAUAUUCAGUUUAUUAAAUUCCAACCUGCACUCCGGACCCCGACCCGAGCCCGUCAGAUGCAAUGGCAGCCGCUUCCGCAGCCCGGUCACCUCAAGAAAGGCCGUCGCCGAGGAGGAAAUGCCGAUGUGGGGCCUAAAAAUGACGGUGAACUCGCGCGAGGCCUUGCCAUAGAGCUCCCCUUGAACCGGCUCGAUCUCAAAAUCGGGAUCGUCAAAGACCGAAUCCUUCUCGUCGAGGUCCGCGGGGGCGGGUUCGGAUCCGGUGAGAAACGGCAUCACGUCCCCGUAGGUGUCUUUCCAGGAGAACUGCACGACGUGAUCGCUGUCGUUGACCAGGCGCACCACCGCCUGGCGUUGGGUGCUGACAAAAGUGUGGGGAAAUUCGACCUCGUUUUGCUCUAG